UGAAACACGAUGAGACGACCGACAGCUGACGUCACCGAACUCGUGACGUGUUCGGAGACGAAACUAUUGUGUUGUGUUAUCAUUGUUAUCAGUUGUAUUCUUAGCAAUGAUGUUUUUAAAUUGAAACAAAAAUACUUAUUUAUAAACUCGAAGAGACUGGGAGAUUUCAUCGAGGGAUCUGUUUUAUGUACUACGUUGCGACGAAGACGAACGAUUGAUCUAGAUAUUCGAAUCAAUUAUCGAUGCUCUCAUAGCGAAAUUUACUUUCACGAAUGGUAGAUUGCUGUGGUGAUUUCGAGCCCAACAAUGACCGAUCAUCAUCUAUCGUAUCCGAAAUGGCUGGCGUACGGAGUAGGUCAUGUUUUGAACGACGUCUGCGCUUCGAUGUGGUUCACGUAUUUGUUGAUAUUCUUCAAGAAAGUACUCCAAUUCAGCGAUACAAUAUCAGGAUCGGCGUUAUUAAUCGGUCAAGUUGCCGAUGGAAUAUCGACACCUAUAGUCGGUAUUUUAGCUGAUAAGAGAUUCCAGCACAGAAUAUUCAAAUACGGAAGGAGAAAAGUUUGGCAUUUAGUCGGAACGAUAUGUGUUAUGAGCAGUUUCCCGUUUAUAUUUUCACCUUUUUUUGGAUUCAAGACCGAUGAUCGGAGAGUCGAGUUUUUGUAUUAUUGCUUGUUCAUCGUGGUGUUUCAAUUUGGAUGGGCUUCGACGCAGAUUUCUCAUCUUUCGUUGGUGAAUGAUUUGACUCCUCAUGAGGACGAACGUACGAGUUUGUUUACUGUGAGGUAUUCGUUUACUGUUCUCUCCAACCUGGCAGUUUACGCAUUACUUUAUGUAAUUUUUAAAUCUACCCGCAUGGGAAAUGAUUCCUUAAUCGGACCUCACGACUUAUAUAAUUUCCAACUCGUAGCCUACAUCGCAGUAGGUUUAGGAACCCUGAUGUCAAUCAUAUUUCACAUCUUUAUCGAAGAUAAAUCAUACACAACUCUGGCAACCCACUCCGAGCAAACGUCCAGAACAUCCAUAUUGACCAGUAAACGAACCUACGAAGCUAUCUGCGUUUACAUGUCAACCAGAUUAUUCGUAAAUUUAGGACAAACGUAUAUUCCUUUAUAUUUACAAGAUACGUUGCAUUUACCAUCGCAGUAUUUGGCUGUUCUACCUUUCAUCAUGUUCAUCACCGGUUACAUAACCUCAUUUAUAAUCAAACCUUUGAACGUGCAAUUCGGUAGAAAAGUGACUUAUAUGCUGAGCGCCUUUUUCGGAUUGAUUACAUGUUUAUGGAUUCGAGUAGGACACGAUGACUAUUAUAAAUAUUACGAAAUUUACGCAGUCGUUGGAUGUUACGGUGCUUUUGGAUCUUUGAUGUUGGUAACCAGUUUGGGUAUUGUGAGCGAUUUAAUUGGUAGAAAUACUGAAACUGGCGCUUUUGUCUUCGGCAUAAUGAGUUUUGCCGAUAAAAUAGCUAAUGGAUUGGUUGUCUUUGUGAUAGAAUACAUACGAUCCUUCCAACCAGAUAAUCAUUGCUAUUAUAAGCAUAUCUUAUUCUAUGUGUGUGGAACUGUUGCUAUACUAGCUAUCAUUUCUGUGAUGCAGAUUAAACCCUCAGAUUAUAUCGUUCUACAAGAACCGGCUGUUAAUAACGGAAACGAAAUUCUUGCUCCUCAACAUGCUGGUGAUGAUGAUGAUGAAGAAGACAAGAGAAACAAUUCAUCGUUGACUAAUCAAAUCAAUAACGAUUCGUUCGAAGCUUGAAUCAUUUCUAACAUUUUAUUACUUAAUAAUACCUGAUGCAUUUUACUUGUAUCUAACAUAAUAAUCUUCCUACCUUUUUCUAUCACAUUCCACAUUUAGCUCUCUUCGUGAGUAUGUUUUGUUUUUUAGUUGAUUUUUUUAUUCGUAUUUUUAUGUUGUUGAGUUGAAUGAGAUAUCUAAUUUGAGGAAUUCAACGUUACCUACCAGUAUAAUUUAUUUAUACUGAUCGAUGAUCUUUUAUAUUUUAUAUUGUAAAUAUGUUUUAUAUAUAUCGAUGUGCAAUAUCAACGUUGCAAUAUCUGUGAUAAUCUAGUUUACCACAUGGUUUAUAUUAUAUUGUUGUUGUACCAUAUUAUUACGUAUUUUAGGUACGGAACCGAACUCCUUCGCGAAGAAGGAUUCAUUGUUUAGGUAUUUAUAUUACGAAUCAGUUUUUCUAAAUAUCAGAUUAACUAGUAAGAGUGUAGUUUGUAUGAAUUAACCAAUUCGAAUUCGAAGAUUUAAUUUAAUGCCCCGAAGUAUUUAUUCCUAUUCGAAGCUUGUUUGCAGCAGAAAAAGAAAAUUGCCAAGUCAAUUCUUUUCCACGAAUAUUCAAUUUCGUCUUAUUUUUAUACCUAUGAUAUUAUAGUUAUACCAAAAACUUGUUUUGAUUGUUUACAUUUUGUGUAAUUAAAUUGUUUUAUUCAUUUUAA